AUGGAUGUGAAGCACGUGGAGGGUUGCGAGUACCACGCCAGGGAAAGCGAUCGAGAAUGUAUAGACGAAGUGAAAAAAGUGAUGGACAAACUUAUAUAUGAAAGGAAGAAAAAUUUUCAAGGACAAGAUAAUUAUUGUCGCAAUUCAUCCAUGAGUAUAUGUCCUAAUGUGUAUUGUAACAUUUACACAGAUCUUCACAAUUGGUUUGGAUUUAAAAACUGCAAAAAAAUUGACACUGAGUCUUUAAAUACCUGCUUUACGGAUAUAGCAAAUGGGGGGGUGGGUUAUUAUGAAAAGCUGAUCGUACUGGGAGGAAGAAUAUUGGAGCUAUACAGCGAGUUACAUUUUUUUAACAGAUACAACUAUGAAAAGGAUGAGGAGAUUGUGCAAGAUUUACGUAACAUCAAGUUAGUAAAAGACGUUGUCUUCCAAUACCUAUAUGUACAGAAGAGAAAAAAUCGAGUCAAUUACAAAAAUAGCUUAUACUUAUUUGGCUACUCUUAUCUGUACACACCUCUCUUUUUCAGAAACAAAAAUUCAAUAAUAAAGUAUGUUAAGGCAUGCAUAGCGUAUGCUGUAAAAUUUAGUGGUGCAAAUAUAUUCUCUUGGAUGCCUUCCCUGAUAGAACAUAUAUAUCACUCGCAGAAGGUGAAGGCAUCAGAUGUGGAACAGGAGAACGAAUUGAUACAAGACCUGCAGGAGUUUUUUGGUUACCAGUUCGACUAUGUCUUGCCUCGAAUAGCGGAGUGCUUCAGUCAGCAUAAUUUAUACAUCACCAGUUCUCACCUCACGGGGCUACAGAUCGUGCGCAUUUUCGCCAACGAGUACUUUUCCCUCUUGGCCGACGACGUGAACAUCGAGGGGAAGGACAAAACCACGUGGGUGCGCGAAGAAACGGAAGCCUUCCUGAACUCCCACUGCAUUGAAAUAUUUAGCGGCUGCAUGCUAUCUCUGCACAAGUACCUAGGCGAAAAGGGGGUGAAGGUGGGUAAAAUAAAAAGCAUAUUUGAAAUGCUCUUGUCCUCCUGCUGGGUACUUGGAAGUGAGAAGAGAAACAAAAUAUGGGCAUGUGCCCUUGUGCAGAGGUUAAGGCAAGUGCAACUUCUGACCCAAAUUACCACCAUAGAAAAGUGGUCCUACAGUAUUAAAAAGUAUAACGACUUAAAUAUUCAGAAAUUUGUGAAAGACAUAUACAAUUUUAAUAACAUCAAUGGGAGUGUCUUAUCUCCUUUCCAAUUGCAAAACGUGAAUAUUUAUCUUCCCCCCAAGGCGGGUCCCCUGAAGGAAAUACCCUACUACACUACACUCGCCGACAGGUACAAGGACCGCUUCCCGGGACGAGAGAGUACUGGAGGCAGCAACAGCAGAAGCAACCGCAUCGCCAGCAACGUCAACAAUGGAAGCAGCAACAGAGGCUGCCAAUUAUAUGAAGUCAUAAAUAACAUCACCAGCACCAUAUAUAAGCGCUUCAGGCCCAGGCGGCCCAGGAGCAGGGGAUCCUCCGACGUUGCGCGCUUGGUCUACACGAACACGGAUCACUGCCCUCCAGACAUGAGUUACCACGACCUGAAGGCCAGCCUUACAUCGGAUGAGUCCACCAAGUACGACGCUGCCCAGGACCUGGACCUCGAGGAUGAAGAGGAUUAUACGUAUGGGGUAGAGGAGGAGCCAAUCAUGGGGUACCCCGCGGGUGAAGGAACCCAAGCAAAGGGACAGAACAAGGGAAAGAACGGAAUCCCUGUUAAGAUAAAAUACAUUAAGGACGCAACGGACGAUCGGAACUCCAAGUACGUCAUAGAAAUUCCCAAGCGAGACUUGGCCAACGGGGGUGGGAAGAACCACGUGAAGGCAGUUCUCUGGGGAAAUGGCCAAAAGGGCCUGGAAAUCAAACUCCCCUCCGACAGUGACAUGAUGCCGCAUGUGCGAAUUAGAUGA